GUUAGCUGUUGCAAUGGAAAAUCAAAGUCGUUCUAAGCGUCUCAAGUCGUCAUGGGAUCUCAAAGUUUCUACGCAAAGUUGUUCGUACUCGUUUGCUUGGUGGUCGAGGCCAUACAAAGUGAAGCAGGAGCAGUUAGACCAAAUCCACGUAUCGGUACCGGUAGUAAUGCUGCAACGGGUCAGUUUCCCUAUACGGUAUCCGUACGUGUAGGCGGUGCGCAUAGUUGUGGUGGUGCGCUGAUUUCCCAAAAUUUUGUUGUAACUGCAGCACAUUGUGUAUACAGUAUUCCAGCAUCAUUCCUUACUGUACAAGCCGGUACUAUUAAUCGCACGGAAACGGGUGUUAUUGCUGGUGUAACGAAAGUAAUUCCGCAUCCCGACUACUAUUACGAUAAUGACAUUGCAUUGCUUGAGUUAGAUACUGCUCUGAACUAUAGCGAUAUUAUACAGCCAAUACCACUCGCUGCACUUGAAGUGCCCGCUGGUGAGCAGGUUACCAUUUCCGGUUGGGGUCGCGUACAAGAUGGCGGUCCACUCUCUGAAAUAUUACAGUAUAGUCGCAGUUUGAAGACUUUAAGCUACGAAGAGUGUGCUCGUGUAAACGGUCCCGUUAAUUAUGGCAUACAAUGUCUUGAGAAGAGUGAAAAUAAUGGCUUCUGUGAUGGCGAUGAUGGUGGUCCAGCGGUACACAAAGGUGUUCUAAUUGGCAUCGCAAGUUAUUACUCCGGCGUCUGUGGCAGCUCUUCUACACCAGAUGGCUACACCAAGAUUUCUUAUUACAGAAAGUGGUUAGUCCAAAACUCAGCUCCGGCCAAUUAAAGCAAAUCAAUACAAAAAAUGUAUAUAAUAAAUAAAGCUCAGCUCUAAUCCAAGCAUAUAAA